AUGUCCUAUAUCGAUGAUCGGCCACCCUUGCCUCCUCCACAGGUUGGACCGAGUCUAAUUGUCAAUCAUAAUGGGUUCUCCCCUCUGGUCGUGCAUUCCCCACAGCAGGUCCAGGAAACCGAGUAUUAUUUCAAGACGUCUCUUCCCACUCUUCUCAGAGACUGUACUCCAUCCAGACCUCUAUUCAUUACGAGCAACAUGAAGUUUCCUACUGUCUUCUUUAUCAGCGGUCUUGCAGUCGGCUUCCUGGCUGCGCCGUUUCCCUCUACGGAUACUCGGAUGCCAGUAAACAUCCCAGGCAGGGAUCGAGUGCUGUAG